CUGCCUCUACCUUCCGUGUGCACUUCUGGGGCCCAGUUGCCAACUGGGGUCUCCCCAUUGCUGCCAUCAAUGAUAUGAAGAAGUCUCCAGAGAUUAUCAGUGGGCGGAUGACCUUCGCCCUCUGUUGCUAUUCCUUGACAUUCAUGAGAUUUGCCUACAAGGUACAGCCUCGAAACUGGCUUCUGUUUGCAUGCCAUGUAACAAAUGAAGUAGCCCAGCUCAUUCAGGGAGGAUGGCUUAUCAACUAUGAGAUUAGUAAGAAGGCGUCUUCAUAGCAGUUCGAGGACCAGCUCUUGAAAGGGACAGUGCCUCAGCCACUGCUGCCAAGCCACAGAUCACAUCAACAUAAAUGGUCUUGCCGAAGGGAAAACACGGGAAUGCUAUCCUUAAUUACCAUGCCAACAUUAUAGAAGUCAGAGUCCCUAAACCAACUCUCUGCUGCAUUAUCAAUGCUAAAAUUUAUUUGUCUUCAUCAAGAGUAGU